AUGGAUGCUCCGAGCUCGUGGGACGCUUUACGUAAACAGGCUAGAAAACUUGAAGCUCAAUUAGAUGAACAGAUGAAUUCCUAUCGUAAGCUAGUAUCCUCAAAAGGUUCUGCAAAAGUUGAUUCUGAUGAGAAUGAUCUCGAAUCUAGUAUAGAACGAUUAUUAGAUCAGCUUCAACAAGUAAGUUUGCAGAUGCAAGCUUGGGUAUCAUCUGGUGGGUCUGAAAUGGUAUCGCAUACCUUGACAAGGCAUCAAGAGAUUCUUCAAGAUCUCAGACAGGAGUUUCACCGUCUUCGUUCGAGCCUGAGAGCUAAGCAAGAACAUGCCUCACUUCUUGAUGAUUUCAGAGAGUUUGAUCGGACAAGACUAGAUUUAGAAGAAGGUGCAGACUCAUCAGACCAGGCUCUUCUUAGAGAACAUGCAACCAUUAACCGGAGUACUGGACAGGUGGAUACUGUAAUUUCUCAAGCUCAGGCAACACUUGGUACCCUUGUUUUCCAACGUUCAACUUUCGGCGGAAUCAAUUCAAAGCUCACUAAUGUUAGCAGCAGACUCCCAACGGUAAAUCACAUUCUUUCAUCAAUAAAGAGAAAGAAGUCCAUGGAUACCAUCAUUCUUUCUCUGGUUGCAUCAGUAUGCACCUUCCUUAUAUUCAUUUAUUGGUUGACCAAGUGA